ACCUGAGUUAAAUGUUUAUUUUAUUAUUAAUUAAAAUAAAACCUGCAAUAGAAGUGAAAGUUUUGUACAACAUUGUCGAAAUAAUCGAUAUGCAUUUCUUACCAUCGAUGUUAACUGAAAAACACUCAACUAUGAUAGCCGGUGAGUAGUGUUUACGUGUAAGUGGGGCGUUAAGGAUGGCUAGAAAGUUGAAUUUGAAAGAUUAUAUUUCGGACGAUACUCUAGAUCUUAGUGUUAACGAUUUACAAGAAGUCCCCGUUAAAGAGAUUGCAGCUUUUCCAAAAGUAACUAGCUUGGAUUUAUCGAACAACAAAUUAACUACACUAAGUAAAUCAUUUUCUAUAUCUCUUACACAUUUGGUCAAGCUCGAUCUUGCAAGAAAUGAACUACGAGAACUUCCUAAAAAUUUUGGUUGCCUUGUUAAUUUGAAACAUUUAGACCUGUAUAAAAACAAGAUUGAAACCUUGCCAUUAAGUUUUGCCAAUCUUAAAAAUCUUCGAUGGUUGGAUAUGAAGGAUAAUCCUCUUGAACCUCAUUGGCAUCACUUUGUGGGCCCUUGUUUAAAUGCUCAGGAUUGUAAAGCUGCAGCAAAAAAUGUUGUAAAUAUUGCUGGUAUGAUGAAUGAGGAAAUUAGCACAGAGGUUUUAAGAACCCAAGCAAAGCAGAAGCAGAUAGAGGAAAAUGAAAUAAAAGAACAGGCCAAAAAGAAAGAGAAACAGAAAGAGAAGAAAAAAAGGAAAAAUGCUGCUAAACUAGCAGAAGUUAGUCCUAAAGAUGUUAUUGAAAAUGGUUCCAUUUCUGAAGUUGAAACUUAUAUACCAGAAAGUGCAGAACAUAAUGAACUCCAUGUCAAAAAUAAUAUUCAAAGUACUAUUGGAGGAAAAUUGAGGAAAGUUAUCUCCGGCUUGGUUUGGUCAGUCAUAUACUGCUUGGUUGUGUUUACAUUAGCAUUGCUGUUAUUGAAGCUGGUAAACGAACCAACACAUAACAGAAUAAUGCUUAGGUUGAAUAAAUAUGCCCAAUCAGCAGUGGCUCACUUACCAGGAUCGUUUCGUCUUAGUUGGCAUAAAUUCAGUACCAGAUUACUUAACAAUAUCAAAUAUGCUUCCCAAUACACUGUUACAGUCUGGCAAAUAUUAUAUAAAUCAUUUUUAAACGGAUAUGCAUUUUUAAUUAGUGAUCCGAGUGUAGAUGUUUGGCUAAAUAUGAUUAUAGAUAGUUUUUUAACAUUGUAUAUUAGAAUUUGUGAAUUGUUUAAUAUGUUUUUCAGUACUAUUAAAUUAAUACCAGUUAGUUGAAUAAAACAUUUCAUAUUUUGAUAA